AUGACCCAAGUCCGAGCACCAUCCUCCUCAGUAGACUCCUCAGGCCUCCUCCUACCUCCGACUCGUCGCACGACCACGCCAGACCGGCCUCGUAUCGUCGCCGUGGACGUUAUGCGGGGCAGGUCCUCUGUUCAGAUCGUCGAUGUGUGUGGCAAGACGGUGCCGAGUAUCGGCCAUGCUCCGUGGAAUGGCCUUCAUCUGGCUGAUAUCGUCAUGCCUGGAUUCAUAUUCAUCGACACUCUCACCCUCGGCUUGGACCUCUACACUUUCCGAGCCCCUGGUAUCCUCCAGCGCAUAGCUGUCUGCUAUGCAGCUGCUGUGCUCCUUAGAAAGCUAGUCAGCGAUCUUUCACCCAAUGAUACCGUCAAGGGUGCGCUGAAGAACAACAGUCGAGUAUUACUUAUGGGCUUGCUAUGUAUCAUCAUCAACUGGGCUAUAAUGCUCCUCGGACCUCAACCUGAGGGGUGCUCUAGAGGUUCCUUGACGCCUCAAUGUAACGUCGCUAGCAACAUCGACAGGAUGGUCUUUGGUCCUGAGCACAUGUACAGUCCUCUAUGGGAUCCGGAGGGCCUGCUCAGCACACUCCCUACCUUGGCAACCGUAGCCCUUGGCCUUGCUUGUGGGAAGUUUAUUCAGUCGAGACCCUCCCACACCGAGCUUCUACGGCUCGUCGGCUGUGGCCUACUCCUUGCCCUCUCCGGCAUGGCUCUUGGUAUUGUCAUUCCCGGAUAUACUCAAGCGCCCGUCAUGCUCACUUACGCCCUACUACAAUUGGGUCUUUGGAUGUGGAUCUGCAGAUGGCUUUCUAUGCGAGGGAUUUUUGUAACCAUCUAA